AUGGCCAAGGACGACAGUGAUGGAAAUGGGAGCCUCAUUAUUGGCAUGAUCAUCCUAGGAUCCGCAGUAUGCGUAAUGAUUUAUUGUGGUAUUCGACAAAUGCUGGAGGAUCUUCCACGGUAUGUGAUUCGGGACAGGUCCCCCGAACAAAUCGCGUACAUGCGGGAGCCUUUGAUUAUAUCCAUGGGGCUUUCGAUCCUCAUUUUGGAAUGGUAUCACCAGCAGCCUGUCGCCGCUCCACAACUGGUAGGUACACGAGUCCAACAGGACGAUCAGAUUCUGCAACAUGAAUUUUCCGCGCAAACACAGCGACUGGGGUUUCCAUCAGGGAUCCCCGAUAGUGACGGUGGAGGGUUCAUACCCGCUGUGAUGGACAAUCCUCAGCCAUGGCUACAAACAGCGAAUCGCGUGCUCAUUGGGGUCGGCUUGGCUAUUAACACCCCUCUUCUGGUAAUGCGAAUUUAUACCAAAAUUCGCUUGAUGAGAAGAUUCUGGUGGGACGAUGUAUGCUUGAUUCUUGCAUGGAUAUUCUCCCUCGCGACGCAGGCGGUCAUUUUAUAUGGGUUCGGACAUGCAGGAUAUGGCAUCCACAUUUCAGAACUGCCAUUAUCCACGCUCAGUACCUAUCGCAAGUGCAUGCUGGCGGCAUCGGUCAUAUAUGUUCCCGCUCUCGCCUUUGCGAAGCUCGCCUUGCUUAUGCUCUACUAUCGACUCCUACAGGCGACGCAUCCGCUAUAUGUAUACACCAUCUACGUGGUCGGCUUCAUCAUUGCAGGUUAUAGUAUUGCGCUUGACCUGGCAUUGAUCUUCGGCUGUAGCCCUAUUCAAAAAAGCUGGGACAUCACUAUUACAACGGGCUCUUGCAUCAACACAAGCGGAGUCUAUCUCGCGACUGCUAUCACCAACACAAUCAGCGAUGUCAUAUUGAUACUGCUUCCGAUCCCCAUUGUAUGGGGCCUCCGUCUAUCCGUUCUUCAAAAAGUCGGAGUGCUCUGUAUGUUUGGUGUUGGGUUUUUAACCACCAGCAUAAGCAUCGUUCGCUUAGCAACGCUGAUGCCUCUGGUCACGUCGCAAGAUCAGACACACGAUAUCGCCCUGGCCGCUGUCUUCAUCAAUAUCGAAGCCAACACCAUUAUCAUAUGCGGCUCUUUCCCCUAUUUACGCCAGUUCCUGCGAUACCAUGCUCCGCGGUGGAUCGAUUACAGUCUGAGCUCGCGACGGAAACAAUCCUCUUCUACAGAGUCGCCAUCGGUCCCAGUGCGGAAGCCAGGUCUCACUCAGCUCCAGGAUGAUAUCGAAAGGGCGAUCAAUCAUACGGAUGGGAUGACGAGCGUAGAAGGGAGUAUCGAACGGGGGCCUAGAGAAGUACUAUAG